AUGGAGACGGCACAACAAGCACCUGCAGCCGGCUCGCUGAGCUGGAAACUCAGCAGCCACCCCAUCACCCUGCUCACCUUCCUCUUCUUCCGCAUCUCCUCGCUCCUCGUAUACAUCCUCGGCCUACGCCUCCUCACAUCCAACUUUGUCAUGAUCUUCAUCAUCACCAUCCUGCUCCUCGCCAUCGACUUCUACUACCUUAAGAACAUCGCCGGUCGCCGGCUCGUGGGGCUGCGCUGGUGGAACGAGGUCGACACGCAGACAGGCGACGGGCGGUGGGUGUUUGAGUCCGCCGACCCGGAGACGAGGGAUGUGAAUGCGACGGACAAGCGCUUCUUCUGGAUCGCGCUGUAUGCGCAGCCCGUGCUGUGGAUUCUGCUGGCCGUGCUGGCCCUGGUCAGCCUGGAGUUUAUUUGGUUGACGCUUGUUGUCAUUGCGCUUGUUCUCACGAUUACGAAUACCCUGGCCUUCUCGAGGUGUGAUAAGUUCAGCCAUGCGAGUGGCUUUGCGUCGAAUGCAAUAUACGGCUCUGGGCUGGCGAGGAACUUGGCCGGAGGCGUCAUCGGUGGUUUGUUCAGGCGAUGA